AUGAGAUCGAUACUCGAUAAUGUGGAACCGCAGUACAUCCAUUCCAUAACUGAUAGAGAAGUUGCUUGUAAGGGAGUUGGAAGCAAGCAGAUACACGCCGGUAUUGCUGAGGUAUACGAUGCGCUUUUGUUUGGGGUAAACGACUUUUCGCUACCCAAGAUCCUAUAUGCCGUUGUCCCAGAGGCGCCGGAACCUAUCUUGAACGGUGCGCUAGAUGUGAUAGGCUCUGUCUAUCUCCGUUGGAAAGGUCCCUUGAUUAAAGUAGCCUUCAUUCAAGGUAGCGACCUUUCGCGAUCCGUUGUCUUCAAAGAAAACGAUGGUGUUGUUUUCCAAAUUGACAGGAUACUCCAUAGUCGAAGGGAUAAUGAUCUCUUUGACCUUGUGCCACUGACAGGAUAUCGGGGAGAUUUGAAAGACAGGAUUUGCAGGAAAAAGAUGACCAAAACGGAACGGAGAUUGUGGAAGGUUGAACCUAUCCAUAUCCCAAAGGAUCUUCAACGAUACCCACAUGAUAAAACAAAGAAUACUGGAUUUCCAGAAAUGUUCUGCAAUAUCGCGAUUACUGGUUCGGCGUACAGAAAAUGUAUCGUUUUUUCCCCGAACGCGAAAACGGACGAGAAAUGGCUGGCAGUGGGCCGGAAACACAAGGACAAGAUCCUGUUCAAGACGGAACUAUCGAACGAGGUCCUGAACGAAGUGGUGAACCUACAAAGAAAUCUUUUCGAGAGCGAUGUAGACGACACAUUAUUGUUGUGUUUCGACGAUUACGGAACGGGUGUGAAAUUCCGAAAUGAUUACGGAGCGGCACUUGAUUCUCUUGCUACGAAAUAUCGCUGGGCUGGGAUCUCAGUAAUCGGCGCUUAUCACGGUUUUAAGCAGCUCUCGCCGAUAUGUAGAGCGCAGAUCUCGCAUUACUUCCUUUUCAGGAUGUCCGAUGCCGAGGUUAAAAAGAUUUAUUUUGUAACAUAUCUACAAAUGAUGUUUGACAACUACUGGAACGGAACGGAUAGGCUAACAAAAGAGGGCAUGGAUGCAAUGAUCACCAAUCUUUCGCAAGAUAAACUUUGGUCGGAUCUCCCGCCGCAGUUACGUGAAGAGAUGUUCACCAAACUACGUCGCGAGGUAUGCGUCGAUAUCCUCCAAAAGCAUCUUGAUGAUGUUGCAGAGAAGAAAGCGCCUGCCGCCCGCCGGACCCGAGCGGUAAAGGAAGCAGAAUAA